AGAAGGGGACUUGCGGCAUUGGACAAAAAGAAGGUAGCAGCGGCUACGUUUGGUUCCACAGUUUUGCAUUUUUAGAUACUACAAAUCUUUCCUGUUCAUUAUAUCCCCGAAAAACCGCACGGAAUUCUACCGUCAAACCAGCAUCGAGGGGCUGAGGAGGGAAUAAAGAGCCAAUCAUGAUAACAUCAGCCGCUGGAAUUAUUUCACUCCUUGAUGAGGAGGAGCCACAGCUCAAGGAGUUUGCUCUGCACAAGCUAGAUGCCAUUGUGAAUGACUUCUGGGCAGAGAUUUCGGGAUCAGUAGAUAAAAUUGAGGUCCUGUAUGAGGAUGAGACGUUUAGGAGCAGAGCCUUUGCUGCCCUGGUGGCCUCUAAGGUUUUCUACCACCUCGGAGCCUUUGAGGAAUCGCUGAACUACGCUCUUGGUGCUGGAGAUCUCUUCAAUGUCACAGAUGACUCUGAAUAUGUGGAGACCAUCAUUGCCAAAUGCAUCGACCACUACACCAAGCUGCGGGUGGAGAAUGCCGAGCUGCCAGAGGAAGAGGAGAAGAAAAGCAUCGACCCCCGCCUUGAGGGCAUUGUCAACAAGAUGUUCCUGCGUUGCCUAGACGACCACAAGUACAAGCAGGCCAUUGGCAUCGCCCUGGAGACCAGACGACUUGACAUGUUUGAGAAAACCAUCUUAGAAUCGAAUGAUGUGAGUGGCCUCCUUGCCUACAGCCUGAAGGUCUGCAUGUCCUUGAUGCAGAACAAGAAGUUCCGCAAUGAGGUGUUGAGGGUGCUGGUCAAGCUCUAUAUGAACUUGGAGAAGCCUGAUUUCAUCAAUGUCUGUCAGUGCCUGAUAUUCCUAGAUGACCCGCAAGCUGUGAGUGACAUCCUGGAGAAGCUGGUGAAGGAGGACAACCUGCUGAUGGCCUAUCAGAUCUGCUUUGAUCUGUAUGAGAGCGCCAGCCAGCAGUUCCUCUCCUCUGUCAUCCAGAACCUGCGUACCGUUGGAACACCUAUCCCUGCAGUCCCUGGCUCUACAAACACAGGCACUGUGCCCACACCAGACAAAGACAGUGAUGCAAUGGAAACAGAUGACAAGGCGGGAAGCUCUCCCGCUGGAAAGCUGGCAGAAACGAAAGACGAGCCCAAAGACCAGAACGCCAAGAUGAUCAAAAUCCUUAGCGGGGAGAUGGCCAUCGAGCUGCACUUGCAGUUCCUAAUCCGAAAUAACAACACAGAUUUAAUGAUCCUCAAAAACACAAAGGAUGCAGUCCGAAAUUCGGUGUGCCACACAGCCACAGUAAUAGCCAACUCUUUCAUGCACACGGGGACCACAAGUGACCAGUUCCUCAGAGAAAACUUGGAGUGGCUUGCAAGAGCUACCAACUGGGCAAAGUUCACAGCCACAGCAAGUCUGGGUGUCAUCCACAAGGGUCAUGAGAAGGAGGCUCUCCAGUUAAUGGCCACCUACUUGCCCAAAGACACUUCCCCUGGCUCGGCCUACCAGGAGGGAGGAGGCUUGUACGCUCUGGGACUCAUUCAUGCCAACCAUGGCGGGGACAUCAUCGACUACCUGCUCAGUCAACUCAAGAAUGCCAGCAAUGAUAUUGUUCGUCAUGGUGGUGCUCUUGGCCUUGGUUUAGCUGCAUUGGGCACAGCCAGACAGGAUGUUUACGACCUCCUGAAAUCCAACCUGUACCAGGAUGAUGCUGUUACUGGUGAAGCUGCGGGCCUGGCCCUGGGUCUGGUCAUGCUGGGCUCCAAGUCGGCCCAGGCCAUUGAGGACAUGGUAGGCUAUGCUCAGGAGACCCAGCACGAGAAGAUCUUGCGUGGUCUGGCUGUGGGAAUUGCCCUGGUCAUGUACGGACGCAUGGAGGAGGCUGAUGCCCUCAUUGAAAGCCUCUGCAGAGACAAGGAUCCCAUCCUGCGGCGCUCUGGUAUGUACACAGUGGGCAUGGCCUACUGCGGCUCCGGGAACAACAAGGCCAUCCGACGCCUGCUACAUGUCGCUGUAAGUGACGUGAAUGAUGACGUGAGAAGGGCCGCUGUCGAGUCCAUUGGCUUCAUCUUGUUCAGGACCCCUGAGCAGUGUCCCAGUGUGGUGUCUCUCUUGUCAGAGAGCUACAACCCUCAUGUGCGUUGUGGGGCUGCCAUGGCCCUGGGCAUCUGUUGUGCUGGGACAGGCAACAAGGAGGCCAUCAAUCUGCUUGAGCCCAUGACCAAUGACCCAGUAAAUUAUGUGAGACAGGGUGCCCUCAUUGCCUCUGCCCUCAUCAUGAUCCAGCAGACUGAAGUCACCUGUCCCAAGGUGAACCAGUUCAGGCAGCUUUAUGCAAAGGUGAUCAACGACAAGCAUGAUGAUGUCAUGGCUAAAUUCGGAGCCAUCCUUGCCCAGGGAAUCCUCGAUGCAGGUGGACGUAACGUGACCAUCUCUCUGCAGUCCAGGACGGGUCACACUCACAUGCCAUCAUUGGUCGGCCUGCUGGUCUUCACCCAGUUCUGGUUCUGGUUCCCCCUCUCCCACUUCCUCUCACUGGCCUUCACACCUACCGCUAUAAUUGGCCUCAACAAGGACCUCAAGAUGCCCAAGGUGCAGUAUCGCUCCAACUGUAAGCCCUCCACCUUUGCCUACCCACCCGCUCUGGAGGUUCCCAAGGAGAAAGAAAAGGAGAAGGUAUCCACCGCCGUUCUCUCCAUCACAGCCAAAGCCAAGAAGAAGGAGAAGGAAAAGAAAGAGAAGGAGGAGGAGAAGAUGGAAGUGGAGGUCCAGGAGGGUGAGAAGGAGAAGAAGGAUGAAGAGAAGGAGAAAGAGAAGAAGAAAGAGGCAGAGCCAAACUUCCAGCUCCUGGAGAACCCGGCCAGAGUGAUGCCGGCUCAGCUCAAAGUCCUCAACAUGCCCGAGACCUGCCGCUACCAGCCCUUCAAACCGCUCCAUACAGGCGGGAUCAUCAUCAUGAAAGACACCAGCGAGGAGGAGGAGGAGCUGGUGGAGCCAGUCUCAGCUCACGGCCCCAAAAUCGAGGAGGAAGAGCAGGAACCAGAGCCGCCCGAGCCCUUCGAGUACAUUGACGAGUAGAGAUGCUCUCACAGCAAAGGCAUCAGAAGAAGUGAGAUCUCAGCAUGUUGGUCCAGCGUCUCCCCCCCACCCCCCAUCUAUACAUCCACCUCCCUGCUUCACUUCCUCUUUUACACGUUUCUUUCCUGCUCUGGCUCCUCAUUCGUCAGACAGGGAAUGUUUUACAUCCUCAAAUUGUAUAAUUUUCUGUCCGUACAAUAAAAAAUGAUAUAUAUUGGA